CGAUCACUGAGCUCAAUCGAGUCCCGGAGGGAGUUAAAAACAGUUAUAAAGUGUCCUCUCUUGCAGUCUCUUCUCUGCUCUCGUUUCAUACGGAGCUCAGCUGAAGAGAUUUUGUACCUUGACUGUUAAGGGAUAUAUUUCUGAUAACACAACCAUGGUUGUAGUUGUUAAUUCGCACCGAAAAGCAUUGUGGGACUGGUAAUCAUAUUAUAAAUUUUUAUCAUUAUCAUCGGCUCUCUGAUAUUGUGAUAAUGUGGUGUUUUCGUUUAAAAAGUUCGAAUAGCCCCCAUAUGGGGCAUGUCAGCUGCAUCAUCAAGUGAAAUAUUGCCUCUCCAGUUAUUGUACUAUAGUCUUAUCACAAAUGUUCAGUGGAACUGUACGUGUGAAGAUAUGCGAAGCUUGCGGGUUAAGACCCACAGAUUUUCAAAAGAGGCAUAACAUGAUGACUUUUGGUAAACUUGAAGACCAACUGAUAGAUCCCUAUGUCUCUAUAGAUGUUGAUGAAAAUCAUUUGGACAGAUCUUCCACCAAGGCUAAAACAUUUGAUCCUGUUUGGAAUGAAUGUUUUGUACAUGAUGUCCAAUAUGCUGAUAACCUGGGUUUGACAGUAUUUCAUAAAACUGCCAUCCCUCCUGAUGAUUUUGUUGCCAAUUGCUGUAUACCUUUUCAAGAACUUCUGCAAAGAGAUAAAGAUUCUACUGAUUUCUGGGUUGAUUUGGAACCUCAAGGAAGAUUGCACGUCCGAAUAGAUUUAAAAUGGACCAGUCAAGAGCACACUACACCAAAGGUUCGCGAAUUCAAGGAGCGUCAAGGUUUCAAUCGGCGGAGAGGUGCUAUGCGACGUCGGGUACAUCAAGUAAAUGGACACAAAUUCAUGGCUACAUUCCUUCGACAGCCAACAUUCUGUUCUCAUUGCCGAGAGUUCAUAUGGUCAGUCUUACAUAUUAUAAAAAAUUGGUUCCGUGAUCAAAGUUUUUAAUUUAGUAAAUAUGGUGUGGAACAUAUCAGAACUUUUAGCACUAACCAGCAAUCUGCUUUACAUAACCUUUUCCUACUAGAAAGUGAUGAAUUGGCUUGAAAAAUCUAUAAUUUCUUAUCUUUUUAUUCUGUAUUAUUUCUUAUUUACAUUCCUCAAAACCAAUAUUAUUGGAUUAUUAUUUCUUUAUUCUAUUCUUUUCGUUUUAUUUAUAUUUUCUUAGUGGUGAUUGAUUAUAUAAUGACUUUUCUGUUUCUUAAUAUAUAUAUAUAUAUAUAUAUAUAUAUAUAUAUAUAUAUAUA